AUGUCAUUCGGCUCAUUUGAUCAUAUAUGCAACAAGACCUCGCUACCUUUAUGUUCAGUAGUUGGAGCAGUCAACCAAUCAUCCCAUUUUCAACGCGGUAUCGUGCCCCAAUGUUAUGCCCGUAGUGUUGAGUUGGCCAACACGAUGAUUUUCCAAAUUGGUAACGCUUUUGUUCAUUUUGGUGGAUUAAUCAUCAUAUUAAUCAUUAUUUUCAAUAUGAGGGCGAAAUAUACUGCGAUAGGACGAGCUGAAAUGUUGAAUUUAAUGUAUUUGUUAAUUGGAUUGAUUGUCUCUAGUUUAAUUGUUGAUUGCGGAGUUGCGCCACCUAGUUCUGCAACAUAUGCUUAUUUUGUCAGUUUGCAAAUUGGUGUUGCUAGUGGUGUUGUUGUAUGUUUAUUGUAUAAUGGAUUAUUGUGUUUUCAAUUUUGGGAAGAUGGGACAAGAAAAUCAUUAUUUAUUAUGAGACUGGUUGUUGUUAUUUGGUUUGCUAUUAAUUUCAUUAUAUGUUUGAUUACGUUUAAACAUUGGGACACUGCAUUGGAUUUCCGCAAGACAACAACUAUGUUUGUUGUAUCAUACGUCUUGAAUGCCAUACUCCUUGCUACAUAUGUUGUUUCACAAAUAAUCCUUGUGUUUUUUGCUUUGAAAUCAUGGUGGGCCAUGGGAGCUAUCCUUCUAGGAUGUUUCUUUUUCAUUGCCGGACAAAUCCUAACUUAUGUAUUUUCAAUGCAAAUAUGCCAAGGUGCUUCACACUAUAUUGAUGGGUUAUUUUUUGGUAGUUUAUGUAAUGUGUUUACCAUCAUGAUGAUUUACAAGUAUUGGGAUAUGAUUACCGAUGAUGAUUUGGAAUUUAGUGUUGCUAAUGUUGAGCAAGUUGUUAAUGAAUUUGGUCCUAAUAGCAAUGGGGGCGUUGGUGUGCUUUAUGAUGAUGAGAAAAGAGCAUCUAGUGUUUUCUAUUGA